CGGUGGCAUAAGUAGUAGCCUACAUACAUCAAUAUCAUAUUACUCACGGAUGUGGUGGUGUGGAUGAGGAAAAUUUCCCUCCAGCAAACUGAGCUGAAUCUGGUUUCAAAAACAUUGUAAAGAAGAUUUGCACAUCCCUAACCAAGGAUUAACAGGCAAUGGAUGGACCAGUAGAUGGCACCAAGCUCAUCCUGAGUCUCAAGCCUGAACUAAUGGACGCCCUGAUGGAAGAUCCAGACUUCUUGCUGCAGCAUUGCCAUUCUCUUGGCAUAUUGUCCAAUAAUCAGUACAACAAUAUUAAAGACAUAAACAAGCGAUCACAGCAGGUACGGGAUAUCUUGGAUUAUGUGAUUUGCAACAACAAACGUGCCCUGAGUUUCCUGAGGUUGCUGAAAAGACAAGACAUGCAAGAGACAUUUCCGAAACUUAAAAAGCUGCAAAUCAACAAACGAAAGAUGCAAAAAACAACCUCAGAGACGACAGCAAAGAAGAAGCCAGAGAUGCUGGAAAACGAUGUCCUCCAGGAGCAGCCAUGCAUAACCAACUCCAGGAUAGUGACCGAGAGGGAAAUGAUGAAAGUGGCCCGCUACAUCGGGAAGAUCUGGAGGGAGGUGGGCAUUAUGGCAUUGGAUAUGAGCACCACCACUCUUCAACAGAUAGAGGAAGAUAACAAGCUGCACACCGAACGGGUUUUCGCCAUGCUGCGAAGAUGGAGCAUCCGCGAGAGGGGCGGGGCCACCGCAGCCCGCCUGUAUUCCCUUUUAACGCAAGAGGAGAACGGCAUAGACCCUCGGAAUAUGAGCUUCCUGCUGGAAAACAGCUGAGGCCCAUGAGAACAAUCAUUAAAGGAAUAAUCCGGGUUCAAUGCAAGUUCAGCUUAAUCGAUAGCAUUUGUGGCAUAAUAUUGAUGACCACAAAAAAUUAUUUUGGCUCCUCCCUACUUUUCCUUAAAAAAAAAAGCAAACAUCGAGGUUACAUUGGAAGUGAAUGGGGCCAAUUUUUUUAAGAUUUAAAGGUAGAAAUAUGAGGCUUAUCAUUUCAUAAAAGCACUUACAUCGAUUCUUCUGUUAAAAUGUCCUGUAUUAUUUGAGCUGUUAAGUUUAAAUCAACACUUUUAGGGUUUAUAGCAUUAUGUCGUCAUGCAUUGAAGUUGUAAAAGUGGAUAUAACUUUGCACAGGAAAUGUUAGCAGGCGAUUUUAUCAUGCUAAAAUCAUGUUAACACGCAUAUGGUUAUGUCUUGUGGCUAUAUUUUUUAUUUUUGUUGAAGAAAAGGAGGGACAAGUCGAAAGUCAUUUUUGUUGUAAUCGACAAUAUGCCACAAAUGCUGUUAAUUGAGCUAAACUGGUAUUGAACCCAGAAUACUUUGGAGCACUUUGCAUGUGCAGACAUGCAAGAAUACCACUAGAGGGAGUUAUAACUGCAAGUCAGUUAUAAUGAAGAAUGUUUACUCAUUUUACUGUUGUUUUUUGUUUGUUUUAGUAAAGAGGAUUUAUAUAAAGUAAGCAGCUUAAAACAAAAUGAGAAAUGCUCAAACGCAACAAGCUAAAAUAUAAAUCGGGCAUUUCAAAUAUUUUGAUUUGUAAACCUAUCUUUUAGGCAAUUUAUUUUUUUAACUUUGAAAUACUGAUUUCUUUUGUAUAGGUGCUGGACCGAAUUGACUGUUUGAAUAGUUUUUUUGUGUAUUAUUCCUUUAUGGCAUUAUUACCUGAUUAUUUUUGUUAUGCUUAGUUUCAUGUGAGACCGUUACACAACGUAACAUUCCUUCUUUUCAGCUGUGUUUGCACAGUGCAUUUGCGUCCUGAUAUAUGAUAAUAUUUUUGUAACUAUUCCAGGUGAGCUGAGCUGUAGCAACUGACUAGCUGAAAUACUUUCUACAAUUCUUAUUAUUUUUUGAAUUAACAAAUGUGAAAAGUUUUAUUUAAGUCUUAAAACUUGAGCUGAUUCCAUGGACAGAUAAGUAAGGCCUAUGUUUAUGAGGGAAGUUUAUAAAGAUUCCAGUAGAGACCGUUAUCUGGCAACAUUAUGGCAACCUUUGCUCUCUCUCGGCAAGUAUCACGUUGUUUCACCCUGAUGCAAUUUUCACCCUGGUGUUUCACCCUUGUUCACCCUUGUUUUGCAUGCCAAGCAGGUGAUAGGCUUGGAGGUGGAGCUUUGUACUAUUCCAUUGUACAAGCUAGUCAUUAAACAGCGUCUAGUCUUGCCAGAUUUCAGUUUUUAUUUUUGUAUUCCUUGCAACCUGCAAAGGAAAAUUUAUUUCAUUGUAAACAAUGUUAUCAUGCUUAAAUUUAUUGAAGAAACUUCAUGUAACUUCCUCCUGCAUGUAAAUGUAAUUUUCAGUUUGCCAUUUUUUUUGUAUUUGUGAAUCUCGUUUUUGUUUUGUAGAUAAUCGGAUCAUGCUUCUGAUGAUGUGUUUAAUUGUGAGUCAAAUA